GUUCUAUGGCUGCGUGUUAGAUCGCGGUGCGCGCGUGCGAGCGUGCAUGUAUUACUACACCCGACCGGGGAAACUACUUCAUCUUUUCCGCUCCUAGAAUCAUGUUGUCGUUCGCAUUGUAAUCGCAUACGUCUUGCUGAUCUCUAUUGCUAUGUGGUACGGGACGCGAAGAGUAAACUGCAAGCGCAACCGCCACGUGUUCGUGAGAUGCCAUAAUAGUGCUCUGUUCGAUAUGUGAGAUAUAUGACAUUAAUGCGAUAUAUGACGUUAUCGUGCUAAUGAAAUUACACAUAAUCAUGGAUUGGAUUUCUUGACAGAAAGGGCAGAACAUCGCUUUUACACUACGAAUAUGUUUCACUCUAAAUAUGUGAUCUUCACGACAUUCUGGUGGUUCUUUGCAACGACUGCAGACAUUGUUCGAAAUGAGGAUAUCUGCGGACCUCACAAUGGUAGACGUCUGUACUUGGAGCUGGGCGAGAAGGGUAUACUCUACGCAAAAAAUGUCACCUUUGACAGAGAUUCACUGAGACAGCUGGUGUCGCGUCUUUACACCACUAUUAACAGUUCCCAUCAUCAAUGCAAUCUCGAAUUAGUGACUUGUCCUUCCUGCAUGAUAGUUAUCACUUUCAAGAAUAUCGCGCUUCCAUAUCAUUGUGGCGACGGAGUCGUGAUGGACAGCCAGUGCAGGUGCGACUACGUGUGGCUUUCGGAACCACCCUAUGAAGAAGUUUCCGGCUCACCCUUUUGUGGAGUAUACGCACCGAUCUCAUAUAGAUCGAGCACGAGAGCACUGUCUAUAACUCUAUUCUAUAGCCAAUUCUACAAGCACGCAUUUACCAUCGAAUACAUGGCAGAAUAUUGGGAAGUGGAGCCUGGUGACCACAAAUGGCAUAUGAACAAAGAGAAUUACUAUUUUCCGAAGAUUGAUCGAUAUCCCGAUCUGAAAACGAUCACUUUGGUGUUCAUUGCUAGUAGCCUCGGCCUGAUCAUUUUGAUAUCGACUCUCAUUAUACUACUAUACAGAAUAGGAGCCAGAGCUAGGCAACAAAGAGAACUGCAGUCUCGUCUGGAAACAAUUAGCGAGCUGCUAGUUUUCGAUAUUACAGAUGGUGUACGGAUUGAUGAAAUAUCCAUUCCUGAUGAUCCACCCGGCUACGAAGCUCCACCAGAUUACGACGAAGUCGCAAAAAUUACUUUGUCGAAGAAGGCUUAAUGCUUGAACCGCGACAGAGCUUACAACAGAAAUUCUUCAAAUCACAGGGGAGUUUGAGGAGUUGUGAGUCAUGGGGAAUUGUGAGCCAGCACUAAAAGUCGGCAUAUUUGAAAUUUUAACAUGUUUCAAUUACGGUAAAAUGUUUCUCUCCAUACAGUCUUACUUUUUGACUAACACUUGUCGCGUUAACACACAAUCUAAGAGUCUCUCCAGAUUUUGAUUUUUAAUUUCCUUUAAAAAGUUUUUUCGACCAUUUAUAUUUGUGAUCUUACUUAUUUUUUCGAGCUGAUUGCAAAAAUAAAUAUAUUAUAAAAUUAUUACUGGUAAACUAUCGUUUCAAUGUACAACAGAAGUUUUGCAUGAAUAUUUGAUGUGUUAAUUACUAUGCGGCUAUUUUAAUAAUGUAGCAUUUGGAGAAUUGUGAGCACCACUUUUGGGGAGUUGUGAGCCACUACAUUUUUGCCAUUUUUUCAAUUUAAGUUGGCAUCUUUCGUGCGUAUUUCGAAAGAUUCAUGCAUAAUUUGGAUGUUGCAUACAAUUUCAUAGUAAAUUCAGUAGUUUUUGUGAUUUUUUCGUGUUUUAAUUGUAGAUAUAGUUAUCAUAUCGUGUCAUAAGUAUUGCAACGUACUUUUCCUGUGCUCGCCAGGCGCAGGAGAGUACGCGCAAUUAAUUAAAAAAUGGGAAACGGGAAUGACUAAAACCGUAAUCUUUAAUUGGGCGCCAGGCGCGACUCUUCGUGCCACGAAAACCGAAAAGUGCGUAAUCACGACAAGGCGUAGCACCUCUGCUUGUGAUUUGCUCAGUAUAUAGCAAAGAGGCGCGGUUCUUAAUAAUACGGGGAGGAAGAGAGAGGAAAACGCAAUCACAACGCUAGAAUUAAAUUGAACUAUUAAAGACAAAGUAUUUUAUAAGGUGACAGAAGCGGUUUUGUUUAACAGUAGUUUACAGUGAGAUGAAUCGACGGUCAACAAUUUUGAAUUGGAUAAUAGGGUGAAAUAGUAGCGAUUCGGAAGAAGAGAUAGAAAUAAACGGCGGUGCUUUAAAUCGACGGAGGUAUGAUUUGCAUGAGCGGAAAGGUUAACAUGAGAGAAAAACGAUGGAGACAGAUAAUGCUUCACGGCGAAAUUGAAUACGGAAUACGUGACACAUUAACUUUUGUAACAUAAACGCAUGCGGCGAGGACAAUUAUCUCGCACACGAAUAACUUACAAUAUCACGCGGUCUUCGCAUGAUAUAAAGUUCCUUUCGGCAAAGCUCAAUUGACAAUUAACAAGAGUAACAAUUAAUUUUGUAGCAUUCCGGUAGCUAAUGCGACUCGCGGUAAUUUCACGGAGCGAAAAAUUUCGCGGAAACCGCUCGGCUCGAGUCUCGUAGAGAUCGAGCCGCGCAAAUUCCACGCGCUACUUUUACGACUUCACGCAAUCGAUCCGAAAAUUCUCACAAAGAAUCCGACACCAACACGAUAAAGCUCAUGAACACCAGUCGACGCGACACGAUAAUACGGAACGACAAUUUGAAAUGAUGCGAGAACACUCAUAAAACAACGACACGACGAUUCUCACAAAAUCAGGCACGGUAUAAUACAUAAAUUUUACUUAAUACUAAGACGGUACAGGUGACUGUCGGUGCGCAUGUAUUCUUGAGAGGGACUUACAACAAGAUCCGGGCUGCAAUCGAUCUCUCUGGAAAGGUCGCUUUUGUAACUUUACUUUUAAUCGCGGGAUGGCUCAUUCUUAAUUGCGGUAUGCGCUACUAAUUAACAGAGACGACGGAGAUCGCCUCUCACUCGCCUUCUUAAAUUUAUGGUUACCGGAGCGGCGGCUUAUAGGAAAUCGGCAGGCGGUAGUCUUCGGCUGGAUUUCGGCUGGGUCGACCUCUUUGGAUGAUGGCACGCACGACAGUGACGGACCGAUUCGCGCUUUGCGGCUCGCCGGGCUCCGCCGAAUUUCGGCGUGAUGUCACAAUUCCUUCCUUGGCCGAUUUUCACCGAUGAUUGGCUACUCCAUCGUGCGUCCUUUUUGCUCCAAGCGGUAGUCUGUUUCUAUUAGGCAGUUGGUAGCGCGUCCUUUUCUAAUGCACCGGUACUACUAAUUUUAUUCUGUCGCUUUUCUUUGUUUCACCGCGCCGUUGCCACGUUGUUGUUGUGAGCGCUGCCCGUCUAUCAGCAGGCCGGCGGGGCAAAACAAGGUACUCCAAAAUUGUCUCGGUGUUGACACUCUGAUCUAAGGUGUCGUUUCCUUCUGCGGUCGCCGGGCUGGCCAGGCCUUUGACGACUUUUGGGUCCGGCAGAACGGUUCAGCGGCCUGCAAUCAGCUGGCUCGUUUUUGGAGCUUCUCCAGUUGAAUUUGCUGCAAUUAAAGACGUUAAUGCAUGAAGCGUUUGGGAAUAUAAACGAGAAAAAUAAGCGGGACCACGACUUAGCUUUCCAGCGCGGUGUCGGUAUCGGUGUGGCUCCGGCCACUUUCUCGGCUUCCUCGUUUGAUGUCUUCCUCCGGACGGCCGCCGUGAACAGAGUCGUCCGCUCGGGCUUGCGCUAACGCUCUCACAUUCUAGCGCUCUCGAUAAUUAUACAUGUUACCGAAAAAAUACAGAUAUAGAUAAAAAUAAAGAGCGGUAAGGUGUGGCAAUCAAAAACGGGGUACUCGUUUCUCCUUCUCCCUCCCGGGGAAAGAGACGCAACCCAGAGUAUUCUCCAUGACCUUAUCGCUCUCCGGAACGGUGCUACGGAGCGUCACGUCGCAAUAUACAAGUGAAUAUAGUAAGCCAGCGAUCCUUAUUAAUAUACACAUAGUGGUUGCCAUUAAAGAGAUGAUGAUUGAGAAGAAAAAGGUUCGGUCUGUUGGUCAAGUAUAUAACAUCGAUAGGUGCAAAUUGACUCGCUACAUUUUGAAACUAAAUGAGGCAAACGUAGAUUCUUCAACCGCUUCGAAUAAAAAAUUGGGCAAUUUUGUUUCAAAAGAAUUCUGCAUUAUCUGCAAAAGUGCUAUGCCGAAGAAAUUGAACAAAAACAACUCCAUACAUUGCAAUGAAUGCGAUUGAGCUGUGCAUUUAAAAUGUGCCAAUUUAAAAACCGGUUAUUAUAUCUGUAUUUACUGCAAAUUGGACUAAUCAGAUUAUACAGACUUUAUUUUUUUAUCAGAAUUAUCUUAAUUUUCUUUUUACUACAACUUAAAUAGAGAAUAAUCAUUAAAAUA